CCAACAAUCAGGAAUACGUUUAGCGUGAACGCUUACAAUGUAAGCAUCAAGCUGACAACGGCGACCUUGGCGUCGGCGUCGAGCAACUCCCUGCCCGUCAUCACCUUCUGCCUGGCGCUGCUGCUGAGGAUGGAGGCCGUCAGGCUGAGGACCACCGUCGGCGUGGCCAAGGUCGCCGGCGUCGCGCUCUGCCUCGCCGGUGUCUUGGUCCUUGCGUUCUACGCUGGACCGGCGCUGAGCCCCGUCAACCACCACCGAGCCUUCGCUGUCACCGCCGGCGGGACGACUCCGAGCAGGGUGACGUGGAUCAAGGGCACGUUGCUCAUGGUCCUCGCCAACGUCACAUGGGCUCUAUGGAUCGUCAUGCAGUCUGCAUUGCUCGAGGAGUACCCGAAUAAGAUGCUUGUGACGGUGACACAGUGCGUGUUUAGCACUGUACAAUGCUUCGUUGUGGCAGUGGUGGCUGAGAGGGACUUCUCCAAGUGGAAGCUCCGACUUGACAUCAGCUUGCUCGGCGUCGUUUACACGGGGUUUGUGGUGAGCGGGGUGUCCUACUAUCUUCAAGCAUGGUGUAUGAUGAAGGGCCCUGUGUUUCUAGCAAUGUCCAACCCGCUCUGUUUCGUCUUCACCAUCUUCUGCUCCUCCUUCUUCCUCGGAGAGAUUGUCCACCUCGGCAGCAUUCUGGGUGGAGCUCUGUUGGUUGCCGGCCUUUACAGCAUCCUCUGGACUAAAAGCAGGGAGGCUAUAAAACCGGAGUCAGAGGAACAACCGGGAAAUAAAGAGCACAAGAAGGCGGCGGUGGCAGAGGCAGCAACAGCAGCACCGUUCGCCUUUGAACAAGUGUGA